AUGCCAAGAGAUACAACUGUUGUUUGUCGUUAUUUUGCCAAUGGCUUUUGUACUCAGGGUGACAGAUGUACUUUCUUGCAUGAUCGGAAUAGUCCGGCAGAUCUCGUUUGUAGAUAUUAUCAACGUGGAAGUUGUCAAUAUGGCUCAGCCUGUAGAUAUGACCACAUUCGUCCUAAACAAAGCGAUGGUGCUAACCUAACAAAUGGCACAGUUCCUUCCUCAAAACCCUCUACUCUUUUGCCUAAACCAGUGAAAUUGCCAAAACCAGGUCUUAACACAGAUGCCGCAGAGUUUAUUCCAUCUUGGAAGCGUUCUUCGCCUGGAACAUCGUAUGCAGUAGCAGCAGGUGCCAUAGAAAAUGAAGGGGCCAGCCUCCCACUCUGUCCAUAUUUCGAAAUGGGAGAGUGCAACAACGAUCCGUGCCAAUUUGUGCACGGCCUUGUAUGCGAUAUGUGUUCAAGGGCGUGCAUCCAUCCCUAUGAUGAAAAACAACAAAAACAACACUUUGCAGAAUGCUUACAAAAGCACGAGAUGGCUAUGGAACAAGCAUUUGCCGAAGCGAAGAGUAUAGACAAGUGCUGUGGAAUUUGUAUGGAGAACAUUAUGGAGAAGGCACUUCGCUUCGGUAUACUUGAAGGAUGCCGUCAUUGUUUUUGUUUGGACUGCAUUCGAGAGUGGAGACGUAAUCAAACCUUCGAGACUGAUGUUGUGCGAUCAUGUCCCGAAUGUCGGCAACAUAGUAAUUUCGUUAUUCCAUCUACUUUGUGGGUCGAAGAUGAAGAUGAAAAGCGUAUAUUGUGCGAAGUGUAUCGAAAUAACAUGGCCCAGAAGCAGUGCAAAUAUUACAAAGUUAGAGUGUCUGCAGAAGGUUGUCCUUUCGGAAAUAAAUGCUUCUAUAAACACCAGCUCCCUGAUGGUUCCAUAGACCCAGGUGAAGAACCUCACGCACGAAAGAAACCUUUUCUCGCUGAUUUCAUUUUCAACAGGUGA